CCUUGGUUUUCCUCUAUUCUUGGAUAUAUAUUCUCCCUCUCUCAUCCAAGAAACUCAAACUUAAUUGUGUCUAUUACUAAAUACUAUUGUUCAUUUUUAUUUUCAGCUUCAUGAAAAUAAACUCUUUCUAUGAUAUGAUUAGUUCUAGCUAGUUAGGUAACUGAGUGGGAAAUAUUGUUAAAUUACACAGGAAAUGGUUGGUCUUGACUGUGUUCUUUUUCUGGAAAGCUUGUGUUUACUAUUGGCGAAGGAACAUUUUAUGGCUCCUGGUGGACUGAAAGGCUGGUAGCUUUUUCACACAAGUCAAGAAGUUUGGUUUGGUUCAUUUUUUUUUUUUUAAUUUUAUUUUAUUUUAAAUCUCAUUUCUGAUACUUUAUGAAGCGUCUCAUGAACACCUAAGAAGGAAAAAAUAAAAAUAAAAAUAAAGUUACAAAAAAUAAUCAGUCAUGAAGUUUAUGAAACUUGGAUCUCGGCCAGAUACUUUCUACACUACAGAAGCUGUGAGGUCUAUCUCUUCUGAAGUCUCUAGUGAUCUCAUAAUUCAAGUGAAGGGAAGCAGAUAUUUGCUUCACAAGUUCCCUCUGCUGUCCAAGUGCCUGCGGCUUCAGAGGCUAUGCUCCGAAUCCCCCGAGUCGUCGCAGCACCAAAUAGUACAGCUCCCCGAUUUCCCCGGCGGAGUUGAGGCCUUCGAGCUCUGCGCGAAGUUUUGCUACGGCAUCACAAUCACCCUGAGCGCGUACAACAUUGUGUCCGCUCGCUGCGCGGCGGAGUAUCUUCAGAUGACAGAAGACGUUGAGAAAGGAAACCUCAUAUACAAGAUAGAGGUCUUCAUGAACUCAUGCGUGCUCAAUGGCUGGAGGGACUCAAUUGUGACACUGCAAAGCACAAAGGCCUUUGCUUUGUGGUCAGAAGACCUUGGGAUCACAAGCAGAUGCAUUGAAGCAAUUGCCUCAAAAGUGUUGAGCCACCCUUCAAAGGUGAGCCUCUCACAUAGCUAUUCGAGAAGAGGAAGAGAUGAUGUCUCAUGCAAUGGCGGUGAGAGCCACAGAUCAUCACAUAGGCCAACAACAAAAGGAUGGUGGGCUGAAGAUUUGGCAGAAUUGGACAUAGACCUUUAUUGGAGAACCAUGAUUGCUAUAAAAUCAGGUGGGAAAAUUCCCUCCAAUCUCAUAGGAGAUGCUUUGAAGAUAUAUGCUUCCAGGUGGCUUCCAAGCAUACCAAGAAAUGGUUCUGUCAAGAGAGGAGGAGGAGGCGAGUCUAACUCGGACUCGGAUUCGGACUCGGCCACGGAGGCUAGUUCUAAGCAUAGGUUGUUAUUGGAGUCAAUAGUUAGCUUACUUCCAGCAGAGAAAGGUGCUGUUUCAUGUGGUGUUUUGCUCAAGCUAGUCAAGGCUGCAAACAUUCUCAACGCAUCUUCUUCUUCCAAAAUGGAAUUGGCAAGAAGAAUUGCGCUUCAGUUGGAGGAAGCAACAGUCAGUGACUUGUUGAUACCUUGUGUUCCUCACAAAAACGACAUAAGGUAUGAUGUGGACAUAGUUAUGAUCAUAUUGGAACAGUUCAUGUUACAAGGGCAAAGCCCCCCAACUAGUCCUCCAAGGUCCAAGCUCGGCUUUGAAAGGAGACGGCGGUCUCGCUCCGCGGAGAAUAUCGAUUUCGAGUUCCAGGAGAGCCGGAGGUCUUCCUCAGCCUCACACAGCUCAAAGCUAAAAGUGGCAAAACUUAUGGAUGGUUAUCUUCAAGAGAUUGCAAGAGAGGCAAACUUGCCACUCUCCAAGUUCAUUGCUAUUGCUGAGGCCAUACCUGAUUUUUCCAGGAUUGACCAUGAUGAUCUCUACAGAGCAAUUGACAUUUAUCUCAAGGCACACCAAGAGCUGAACAAGAGUGAAAGGAAGAGACUUUGCAGAAUCCUAGACUGCAAAAAGCUAUCAAUGGAGGCAUGCAUGCACGCAGCACAAAACGAGCUACUCCCUUUGAGAGUGGUGGUCCAAGUCCUCUUCUUUGAGCAAGCAAGAGCCACAAUGGGUAAUGGUGGUAAAGUGACUGAACUUCCUAGCAACAUAAGGGCACUUCUAGCCUCACAUGGCAUUGACCCAUCAAAGGCUAGAGGGCCAUUAAGUAGCACAACUACCAUACCAGCUGAGGACCAAUGGAGUGUCUCAGGCCUUAAAUCACCCAAGUCCAAGAUUUCAACUUUGAGAAUGAAGCUGGCUGAGGAUGAUGGCUUGGAUGAAAAUGAUAUGCAACUAAACCCAGAUGGGAUUGGGAUUGGGAUUGGGAUUGGAAAAAACUCUAGGCUUAAGGCUCUUUGUGCUCUUCCCACUAGACCAAAAAGAAUGUUCAGUAAGUUGUGGUCAGCAAAUAGAACUCCUAGUGAAAAGAAUUGAGAGUGGAAAUUUAUUUUUUUGGUUUUUACUUUUUUUCUUGGCCGGGUAUGGUAAUCUAAAAAGGGUAAACAUAUACUCUGCUCUUUUCUUUCUUUCUUUCUUUUUUCUUUUUUUCUUUUUAUUUUUGAAAAAAUCAAUCCCAUGUAACUUUGAGUAGGAUGAAGAAAAAGAAAAUGAAGAAGAUUAAGAAUCCCAAUGUGCAUUAAUGUGGAUGUAAUCUAUAGUAAUAAGUAACAAGAUUUUCAGGACAAUGAGAUGGAAAAUCUCUUUGCUGAAUCUUUAUUAGUUGUAAAUGACUAAUUUGUGGGACCAGUUUUGUUGUGUUUGUCUAUAAAUCUGCAACACCUGUCCUUGUCUCUUUGUUGCACCUCCUUGGAUUCCCACCUGUAAAUCAAAAGAUUUAUUCUUGGUAUUUCCAUGUGUCUGACUUGGACACA